AUUUCUAACAAUGUCGACUCGAUACCUAUUGGCCUCUUCUGACAAAAACAGCGUAAAGACUUGUCCUCGACGCCGGAUCCGAUACGAAGUCACAUGUCCCAAUCUUGCAAUGUCAGCUCAUGGUUCCCCCCCCCCCCUCCCCCCGGGCGUGGAAAUUAUUCAAAGCGAUGACGCCUCGUUUGACAUCCUGGAUGAACAUCACCAGUCAACAUUGUUAAUGGGUAGCAGUCCAGGGGUGUGGCGUCUGCAAAUGGGGCCGAGUCUGGCCUGCACCCAGUUUGUCAUUCCCUUUGUUAUUUACGCCAGGCGCAAGCAAACAGAUAUAAGAUCACGGCACCCGUUGUAUCGCACAAUCUCACAGCAUGGCUUUCCUCUCCACGGAAGUUGACACCAGCUGGCUAGCGGCCAUGUACCCCAGGGUUUGCACGUAUGGGUGACAGGCAAACGAGAGACCCACGACGGCGCCGAAGGCGAACAAACCGUAAACGGACCAGCGUCGACAAUGGGACUUGUACGACGUGUUCGUUACCCGUGGGACAAUAGGCCGCACGACGUCGAUUGCCUAGAUGACUGGAUAGCAUUCAACACUCAGUUCUGGAUCGUUGGGCCGGACAGUCCUUCAGUGACUGUUUGAUGACUACAAUGGAGCGCCAUGGAUUCGAGGCGUUGCCUCGAGGACAAGGCCAGAAUGCCACAGUGCAAACUUUGGAGGCCGAUUGUUGAUUUUCGGCGAGUGUGAACUACCCCAACUCAGACCGACAAAUUCUUGUGGUGGUCAUGCUGUGGACCGGUCAGCGCGUCCAAAACCCAGAUGCACGAUCUGGAUCACCAGUUGGUAUGGAACCAGUUACCCGGUAGCCGGUUGCUGAUACAGCAUACCAGUACGUCACUCAUGAAGGCUUGACCCAGCUCAUAAGCGCAAUUCGCAUUCUUGCUGUGCUCUCGAUCAGACGACCGCCGUCAGUGGUGUCUCCGUGGGUGGGUGAUAUACAGAUCAGGCAGAACUGGUAGGAUGGAAUGAGGGGGAUAGGUUCCGAUACCAGUUCGCGGUUCAUGGUUGUCGUUUCCAGCAACGAGAACAUACGCUCAUCCGGGAACACGGCCAGAGGGAUUCAUGUCGCCGGUCUCAUAUGAGGUUGCAACUGGCAGUCACUGGAGUCGCUCGCAUCGAACUUUUUACACAAAGCCAAUGACAACCCUCCAAUUUCACGUGAUUGCGCGAUCGAAUCGAUGACGUCCUCGGUGGACUACACUAGUGUCAUGCAUUGACAUUACACCAUGUACACUACACGUCGUCCGGAUUGUGCACAUCACUUGAGAACAUGGCGCUGACAUUGUGAAGUCUGGUAGAAUGAUAACGGGUAGUGUACAAUGAGCAUCGGAUCCAGAGGAACGGAAUUCGAAGACACGGACCAGAAUCCAACGAGACCAACUCGAAGCUUGGAACGAACCAAGGGACAGAUGCCAACCAACAAUCGACAUGCAAAAUCUGGCUGAGAAGUGGAAGCUUGCCGCGAACGUGCCUUCCCAACACGUGCAGUAACGUCACGAUCAACAGCCAAGUGGGCCUUGAUCCAAGCGCCCUCUUCUUUGUACUCUUUCAACCACUCGGAAGGUCAGGUUUGGCAAUGUCGACCCACAUCCAAAGUUGCGCAGGACGUGCUGCUGGUGAUGCACAAGCCAGAGAAAGUUCAGAGCGUUGGCUCGAGCAGCUCCCCCUCUUGGCACUGCGAGACUGCAUGCAGCUUCCUGCAACGCGUGCAGCGCCCCCCCCCCCCAACACCUCACGCAGGCGGAGCAACCCCCGUCUUUUCGUUUCUCCAUUGUACACUAUGGAAGCGUCCAGCACCGCCUAUCAACCGGGGCGUUCUACCGCCCAACUACCUCGAGGUGAUGGCGGGACAAUAGAGCUUUUCCCUUCCAACAAUCUUUUCGGAUCACCGCUCCUCUCUUUUUGAGGUUAUCUGACAUUACAUACUACGAUGGUCCGCCACCAGCUUUUCACCCCGUCGUUGGUGAUGUUAUUGUUGUUGUUGUUGUUGAUGCUGGUGUCUUAUGGGGCCUCAAUUCCUCAGCUGGGAAAGAAGAGCCUUUCACCUCAACUACAAAGCUGGCUGGCAGGUGUAUAUGGCUGUUAUGCAUCAUGGAAAUCUGGUUCCUAGUAAAAGGUCUCCAGUAAACCGGGAAAAAAGAAGUGGAAGCUCAAAACUCUCCUUCCCUUGCCUACAGUAUCCGCCCUCUCAAGAGUCUCACCAAGUCUCACCUUCUCUUGUUCUCGCAACUGCCAGCAGCAUCCUCUCUCGUUCCAUGUCGCCCAAAGAAAAAGCUUUCGAGGUUCUCCGCACGCGUUCCCCUUUUCCCUUCUUCCCGCUGUCUCUAGCGCUGCCUGUACUUUGCAUCUAACACUACUGGGCAGAUGUACCGUCAUAGUAGCGUAGCUAAGAGGCAGGUACUUGCUAAGCCAUAAUCCCCAGGUUCAGAGACCAGUUGGCUACCAGGGGUACGUAAUAAGGUACAGUACGUAGCUCUCGUGGGCUGGCCGCGGCCGGUGUUAGUGUAGUUGGAGGCUUGGAGCUUCCCCCAGUUCCCCAGUCAGAGUUCCCCCAACUGGGUGGGUGUCUCUGCUUACCCUAGGCUCUUUACACUUCCACUUUUCUCUCUCUCUCUCUCUCUCUCUCUCUCUCUUCGGACGCUUUUUGCUUUGCCGCCCACCACCACCCACCACCCCCAGCCUUCUUUCCCCCAGAUCUUUUUUUCCUCUCUCUCUCCCUCCGUUUUUCCUCUUUCUUCUCUCUUUUCUCCAUUUCCGCUACUUUUCACACGCGUUUUUACCGCCUCGGUCGCGAUUUGGCGAGUCUCUCCGAUAUCGCGUUACCUACUUAAUUCAACAAGUUUCACAAUGUCUGCCACCCGCAAGAGAAAGGCUGAAGAGGAGCCCGAAGAGCUCGUUUCCCUCCCUGAGGAUUCGGACGGUGAGGAGGAAGAGGAGUAUGUCUCCACUGGCGAUGAGGAAGAGGAUGUCGAUGACGACGAAGAAGAUGAGGAGUACGACGGCGAGGAAGGAGGCGAAGAUGAAGAGGAAGAGGAAGAGGAGACCACAGACAAAGCCCCUCCCAAGAAGAAGCUAAAGACGGCAGCUGCCGAAGACGAGGAGGAAGAGGAACAAGACGAGGAGGAGGAGGAGGAGGGUGACGAAGAGGAUGAGGACGAGGAGGAGAUUCCCGAAGAAGAGGAAGAAGAAGAUGAUGAUGCCGAGGCCGAGGCCGAAGAGGGCAGCCCCAAGAAGGCACAGCGUUCGGCCUCCAAGGCCGUGGACGAGGAUGAUGACGAGGAGGAGGCUGAUGCCGCCAAGGCUGCUGCUGGUGGUGAUGAUGAGGAGUAAGGGGGCUCAUUGCCUCCCUCUCCUCUUAGUUUCACGGCCACGGCCUUCUUUGGCCUUUCCUGUUUCCUUCAACCUCAUUGUCAUUGCUUGAGAUACUUGGCUUGGGAGUCAUCUUGGAUCUGGUGUUUUUUGGGAUAUGGAUUUGAUAGGCGACUGCUUAGAGAUGAUGAAAAACAUGAAUAAUGAUGGCUUCAGGGUUUGGUUGAUCGAUGAACGUGAAGUGCAUAUCAAUCGCGAGAAGAUAAAUAACUGAAGAUACUCCUGGGGCCAAGUUAUGUAGUGCGACAUCAAUACAUCUCAAGCAUGACAUCUACUCAAAGGAUUAUCUAUACCUUGCUCAAUUCGGACCCGCUCCAUGCGUUCGUUGACUGGAUCUGUCGUCACAUUAAACAUUUCCAGGAACAAGAACCCAAUUCUUUUAGUGUCCAAUCAUUCAAUAGGUAGCUGAACCGAACAGGCACCUUGGACCGAUCCCGAUCCCGGUCCCCCACAUCCGUAAGGUGCCGAACGAAUAAAUGGAGUGCAUGACACUCGAC